UAACAUGUUCUCCUAUAUUUUUAUUGCUUUACUGUUGUUGAAAUCAGUUUCAACACAAAUUAAUGGUGAAUUUUGGUGGUUGCAUAAGAAAGCUUCAGAAAUACGUCAAGUUGAAGCACCUCCACCGAAAUUCGAUGAUAUAAAAGAAUUUGAAACUGACGAAAGUGUUAAAGUUAUUUUUAAAGAUAAUGAUCUAAAUUCCAGAGAAAUAAGCAACUACGAAAAAAAUAAAGGAAUAUCUAAUGAGGGUAAGAGACAAUCUAUUAUUUAUUUUCGAGACAAAACUGAACUGUCUAAGCCUGCCUAUGUAGAAGAAAAUACUUAUAAUAAAAGUAAAAACAAAAAUAAUAUGACGGGCCUUACAGAAAACGAUAAUAACAGUAUUAAAUCGCUUGCUAAAAAAGAAAGUUAUAUAUUAACCAAUAAGCCCCAAAACGGUGACGAAUUUGUUUUCGUUUUUCCAAUGAGCAAUGAUAUUUUUUGGGAAGAUAAUCAAAGAAAUAUUAGCAACUCUUCAUCUCCAAAUGCUUUCAAUAUAACUAAUCCUUAUAAUACAGUCAACAAACCUAACACAAUUUUAAACGACAAAGUAUGGUUUGAUGAAGAAACGAAACAUUCUGAAUCAGAAAGCAUAUGUACAUUUAUUACUAAGCAAGAAUGCAUUCGAAAUAACGGAACCGUUCAUACACCGAGGUCAUUCAAUAGAAACACCAUAUUCAGUACUCAAAAACUUUGUUGUAUACUCCCGCUGUCAUCAAGCAGAACAUCAAGUGCCCGACAAUAUAAUAGUUAUAAAAAAAUCAAACGAUAUAGACGUUCCAAUAAUAUCGAUAACUUUAAUGCAGCUUUAAAACAGAGAAAUGCCCUGCUAGAAAGAAGAAAAAAUACUUUAAAGGCUCAAAUACCAAAAUUAUCAGCUACAACUGUACGUUCCAAGUCAACUAAUAAAAUAGUUACUCCAGAAUACGUGGAUCCAUAUUGGAAUGUAAAAAACGCUAAAUUUAGAAAUCCCAGUAUCCAAAGCAAUACGUACACUGAUUACCAAAAUACAAAGUACGACUACAGUAACCCGGAAUACGAAGGAGAUUAUGCCGUAGAAUUACCUAAGCCAGGUCUAGCUGGCCUUUACUCUGACCACGAAGAUUCACGAGGGCAAACUAGUUGGAAAACGAAAAAUAUGAACAAAGGUAUUUACUAUGACACCAUAGAUGGAGACAGCGAAGAAGAUGACAAUGAAAGUGACCUCCCAUUUGGCUACUCAACUUUUGAUCCAAGACUAGGUGAUCGUGUAUCAACGGAGAAUCCUAGACGCGUAAAUCGUAUACCACAGCGAUUGACGCUAUCAACAGGAGAUGACGUUGAUAUGAGUAAUUCCGAAAGUCAAACGAUUAGUUACCAUUCAACUCCAGAUUUUCAUGUAUUACAUGGAUUUAAGCUUGUUAACUUAGGGGAAAGUAAAAACAGAUACGUAAGAAAAACCACAGAACAAAUGUAUGACAAUGUUGAAGAUACGAUAUCAUCAUUUGAUACAGUAACUUCAGCGAUAACUUAUUCUAAUGAAGAUUAUAUUGAUGGAAUUGACCUGAGUCAGCAGGUUUAUAAAAAAUGUGGAAAAGUCAUAAAAAAAUCUGUUCAUGACAUGAACUUUGAAAAAGAUGUAGCGGAAGGUGGAUGUGAUCCAUGGCUAGCUUUCGUCGUGUUAACUAAGAGAAUGCAAAGUAUCCUAUGUUACGCAACAAUUAUACACCAGCGAGCAGCCGUCACUGCUGCAGAUUGUGUUCAUGGUAAAGCGCCGGGUGAAAUUACCACUAUCAGUGGUGUUUGGGACUUAAAGGAAAAUAGAGAAGGUUCUCAAAGCCGCAUGUCCACUGUUUACACUCACUUAUUUAAGCCUGGUGAGCUCGACAAUGAUCUCGCUCUUUUGCACUGGAAUCGGCCUUUGAAGAUAGAGCCGAAUGUGAAACCGGCAUGCCUUUCAGACCCACACGUAGGAGACGAUUGUUACUUUGUUGGCUGGGGCGGCUACGAUCAAGCUUUACAACCGCAACCACACUGGCAGCAUGCGACCAUACUCACUCCACAGAAAUGUAAUGAAAAAGUAUCUGCGCCUGACGUUGAUAUACCCACCGGUGCUUUUUGUGCUUCUGUUAAAACUCGUGGGACCGUGACGGGUAUCGGUGGACCGCUGUUAUGCAAAACUAAUGCUAGAAUAUCCAUAGUGGGUGUAGCAGUUUACCGAGAGAACAUUGUCGUACUUCUACCCACAUUUGAUUGGAUAAUCACUGCACUACGGGAGCUCCAUAUUAAUUAAAUGUAUAUGUAUUUUGUGUUUUAGAACUUUUUAUAAA